CCAUUGGUUAACUGUCAAUUGCUAACAUCUCAAUCGUGCUUGAGGCCUUCAUUAAAUUGCAUAAUGCAUCCAUGCAGGUGAAUUCUAGUAGCAGCAAAGCAUGCAAGGGUGAAUUAUCCACUGAGGAAAAACUUCAGGAAAUAAAAUAAAAUAAAAGGAUAGCCAUGAGUAAGGAAGAAAGAGCAGAACCAUUAGCCAUAAGUAAAAAGGAGAGUGCACUGAAAAUGAAGAGAUUGUACCAGAAAUUUAUGCAGUCCUUCUCAAUGAAAUACCAGGGGCGAAAGUUCUUUGAAACGUUUUUCAUCCAACAUAUUAAUGUAACUGGAAAUAAAAGGGACUCAAUCAUUUAUGAAUACGUCAGUGAACAAUACGUGACAUAUUGCAACAAGGAAGGAGUUCAGAUUGCUGAUACGAAAGCUAUUAAUUUGCAUCUUUCGUAUCUAGGACUACUCAGCCAAUCCACGGAUAACAAAUCCACUUUGCUUCCGGGUGUGUUUUUCCACAAGACAGUUAAUGCAGAAUUAUGUUUUUGUACCGAUGAAGGUGUAUACGUUCCAACUAUUUGUUCACGUCAACCAAUCGGCUUGCAGAUGUUUCGGGAAACGCCAGGAGAUUUUCAGACUGUUGGGGUAACAGAUGAAUAUAAUCUGGAAUAUGGAACUGAGCGUUUCCCAUGGCAGUAUCCAGGCAGAGAGUCAUUUGAAGCCUUUUUACAAAAGCAUUUAAUUAUCACCCAUAACCUUGCUGACAAUAUGACCCGAAAUGAUCUUCUUUCAGCAUAUACAACGUUUUGCUGUGUUCAUAACUACCAAUUUGCACAGGCGGCGUCCAUUGUGUUUCACCUUUGGUUUUUAGGAGUUUUAACUGACGAGUGUGAAAGUAGUAAUGGAUUUGCAGGAUUAAUCCUAUACUCUGAUGAAUCUCGAGAAUCAUCCCCAGAUAUUGUAAUCCUUGAUUGUCCGCCCACUGCUCCUAAACAUAAUUAUCACCUACAACUACCCAAGCCUCAACCAGUGCAUGUCCCAUUGCAGCAGGUAACUCCCAAUCGGGAAGAUCCGAGCUCAGAAAUUGUGAUACUUGAUUCCCCACCCACCGGUACUACACAAAAUCCUGAGUUAUCUGUAAAAUUUCCAGUUAAAUUCACAUAUGCAAGGCGACCUGCGAUUGAAAACGAGUCGGUGAAGACUAGUUCUGACCAAGUGUCGUCCAGUCUCAGCACCAGCACCUUCCUCAAAAAUGAACCCAAUGGCAUGGCCCAAGUAUUUCAGUAUCCUGGUCAACAGUCCUUUGAAUUGUUCUGCAUGUCGCGAUUGUUAAUGACAAAUAAGACAAGAGACAUUGUCUUUCAGAAAGACUUGAUAUCAUUUUACCUAGCAUUUUGUAAGGACCGUAAUAUACAAGCUGCAUGGUUGCCAUUUGUAGUCUGGCACCUUGGUAUCUGUGGGAUUGUAGUAAAAGAGCGAAUUGGAUGUAGGUGUGUGCAUUAUGUGUUUCAUGGAUUGAAGUUUCAGAAAGGAAAUUGUAAUACAAACAAAACCUUAGAUCGAGCAAAAGCUUCUAAAAGAAUGAAUAGCACUUCACAGCAUACAGCAUUCCAACUAGGACAGUAUCUUUCAAUAAAAUCUCAAGUAGUCGGCACUCGGCUUCAGAGGUCUGCAGAUCCAUAUGAUAAGGUGGAAAGACACCGUAGUACUCAUGUUGAUUCGGUGGAUAGCCCAGAGAAAUUUUCCCUUGAAAUGUUUUUUACCCAAAUGGUAAAACUUACUGGCAAUACAAAUGAUAUUGUUGUCAAAGAAGUUCUUUUAUCAGUAUAUGCAGUAUUUUGCAGAUCAAAUAACCUACGUCCUUCGCCUCCGCUUUUCACGCUUAGAUAUCUUAGUUUGCUGGGGUUCAGAGUGAAAAUAAUUCGACGCAUAAGGUCUGUGAAACACGUAUAUUCUGGAUUACGCUUGUUGACUACCACUAAAGCAACGGAUCUCAGAUUAUGGAGGAAAUAAUUAGUAGCCUCAACACAGGGAUAUUUGAGAACUAUAAUAGCAACAGGAAUUAUGAUUCUUAUUCAGACAGAAACUUUGAAAGACAAAUAUUUUGCUACGCGAAAUAAAAUAUUAACUGCACUUUAUAAAUAAGUGCAUGAAUUUGAGUUCUGUAAUUACUAAAAGCAUUUUGGUAGCAGAGUUCACGCACACAUAAUAUGAUGCAUGUGUCAUAUUGGUUUAGUUCAUUUAUUAUGCACCCCAUACCCAUCUUUAUAAGUUUUAAAAUAUACCUAGAAAAGAUCAAGGCAAGGCAGGACCGCCGGUUUCCUGUCCUCGUCGAGACCACUAGGGUUAAUGACUUCGAUGUUAGUGAAAUCUUUGAAUCUGAGGGCCACGAACCCUAGUGGGUUAGUGGCCCUCAGGUAAAUCAGAAAAUAUUGGAAAGAGUUUUAAGUUUUUUGUUAUAUUAAUUACAUGUAAAAUAUUGCAAUAAUGUGUUGUAAUGCAAAUAGCUUUGCGCUACAACACAUUAAUGUGUUGUACCGCAAAGUUUGUAAUUAUUUUCUUACAAAUUAUUAUUUCUAUAGAGAAAAUGUUUUCGUUUAUAUUAGUAUUUUUCACAUGAAAGCUCUGCGCGUCGCACAACCUCAGAGAAUAAGGGAGAGCGGUGAUUGAUUGAAGAUUAAUCCACCCAAGAGGUGGCACGGGCAUGAAUAGCCCGUAAGGCGAGCGGUGCCAGGACCUUGCUUAAAAGUACCUCAAGCCUAUGCGCGCGCAGCCAACGCAAUGAGGGCGGCGGGCGUAUUUCCUUUAUAUAGACAUUUAUCCGCUUUUCAAGCAGGUUCAUUAGUGAAUUUUACAAAUGCUUCUUUAUGUAAAUAAAUAUUUAUGCUUAGGUUAA